AUGUCGUCACCUCCCACGCCUGUGCGUACCUCUUCAGAGGCCAGCAGCGACACUAUGGGCCUCAGCACCACGAUGGGCUCUGCGACAAGCUUAGCCACGCCCGUCGACUCUGCACCCACGUCGCCCUCUCCAUCCGUGCUAAAUGGCCCCGUACAAAGCAAGAGCUCCGAAUCAACCUCAAAGCCUCGAGUUGCAGCCCAAGAUCGUCGAAGUGGACCUUCUGGUCACCGCUUCGCUACCACAUGCGCCACUGUGGACGACCCCAACCACAAGGACCAGUAUGGCUCCUCCAGCACCCCCAUUUACAUGAGCGCCACUUUCAAGGGUCUUCCCGGAGCCGAAUUCGAUUACUCUCGCAGCGGGAACCCCACCCGAAGCAUGCUGCAGCAUCACUUGUGUCAGCUGCAAAACUGUCGAUACAGCUUUGCUGUCAGUUCCGGCAUGGCCUGUCUGGACGUGAUCACGCGCUUGCUCAAGGCUGGGGAACGCAUCAUCGCAGGCGAUGAUCUCUAUGGGGGCACGAAUCGUCUGCUCACCUAUCUCGCCACGCACGGGGACAUCAAGACGGAUCAUGUGGACACCACUGAUGCGGACAAGGUGCAAGAGAUUCUCGAACGACGUGCGGCCGAGUCGGCCCGCGGUGAAUGCGGCAAGGUGAAGAUGGUUCUGUUGGAAACGCCAACCAAUCCCCUCCUCAAGAUCUGCGACCUCGAGCGCUGUGCACGCGCUGCCAAACGCUUUGCUCCGGAAGCCAUUGUUGUAGUGGACAACACCAUGAUGAGCCCAUACCUCAUGCGGCCCCUCGAGCUGGGCAUCGACGUCGUCUACGACAGUGGCACCAAGUAUCUUAGUGGUCACCAUGAUCUCAUGGCUGGUGUUAUUGCGUGUGAUCGCGAGGAUGUCGGCAAGGUGAGGGGCUGGCACGCCGAGGAGGCCCGGCUAUAGUCCGCUAGCUCACACCACUUUGGCAUUCUUUCGCAGCAAAUCGCAUUUACAGUCAACUCCAUCGGCAAUGCGCUCACCCCAAUGGACUCUUUCCUUCUGCUGCGAGGCAUCAAGACGCUCGCCGUUCGUAUGGAUAAGCAACAGACUUCUUCCAAACACGUCGCGCAGUAUUUGCACUCUCUGGGUUUCAAGGUGAAUUACCCAGGUUUGGCUUCACACCCAGGCAAGGACAUCCACGAUCGUCAAGCAUCAGGACCGGGUGCUGUGCUGAGCUUCGAGACUGGGGACAAGGAACUCUCUGAGCGUAUCGUCGGUGCGACUCGAUUGUGGGGCAUCAGCGUCAGCUUCGGCUGUGUCAACUCGCUCAUCAGCAUGCCAUGCCUCAUGAGUCACGCCUCCAUCGAUCCCAAGGUCCGCGCGGCUCGCCGCUUGCCCGAAGACCUCAUUCGCCUGUGCGUCGGCAUUGAAGACUGCAGAGAUCUAAUCGAAGAUCUGGAAGCGGCCCUGCUCCAAGCUGGCGCUAUCAAGAGAAAGUCGCACCUGAGCAGUGCGACUUCCACGCACACGGGUCAAUCCACAGCCGAAGAGCAUGUGGCUGCAGCGGCAAACUUUGAGCGAAUUAUCAGCAGCGAAGCCGACGAAUCAGUUGCAAGUCUGAACUCAGGGUUGGCUACGGCGUCGCUCGAAACACGCGGCGGGGAUCCUUUGCAAGGUCUCCCUGCAAGCUCUACCGCAGACGCUACUUCGGCUGCCAUGGCAGCAGCGGCGCCUGCCUCUUUGCUGGUCAGCGCGCCCGGGAAAGUGAUUCUCUUUGGGGAACAUGCUGUGGUUCACGGAGUCACGGCCAUAGCUGCGAGCGUGGCGCUGAGAUGCUAUGCGCACGUCGCCUCACGCGCCGACGCGAAGGUGAGCCUGACCUUACCUGAUCUAGGUACCGAGCACACUUGGGCUCUCGACGAACUGCCGUGGGACCUGGCACCUAGCGUUGCGAGCUGGCGCGGCGUCCACAAGACUCCGGAGACACUCAACGAGCUGCUGCAUCAGGCUCUUGAGACUCUUGUCGGUGCCGUGGCGGAGGAGAGCGAGAGAAGCCACGCUGCCAGCGUAGCCUUUUUGUACUUGUACCUCUGCAUUGCACCAAGAAGCAAAGCGUAAGUCUCGCAGCCGUGGCGUCAAACGACAAGCGAGCGCAUGCUGAAUCGAUCCCACUCUUCUGGUUAGUACCGGCCAAGCGUUUGUGCUUCGCUCCACCUUGCCCAUCGGCGCUGGGCUAGGAAGCAGCGCUUCGCUCUCUUCCUGCAUCGCAUCAGCCCUGCUCGUCACGCACGGCCGCAUUGCUGCCCCCACGCCUGGUUCGGUCAUUUCGCGCUCGGCAUCUGAUCUGAUCAAUAGCUACGCAUUCCUCUCGGAGAAGGUGAUUCAUGGCAACCCUUCCGGCGUCGACAAUAGCGUCGCUACUCACGGAGGAGCGCUGGCGUUUGCUCGUGCGAGCACGAGGACGGGGCGCAGGCAGAAUGAGCUGCGAUCCUUGCACGGCUUCAAGAGCUUCCGAUUUCUUCUCACGGACACCAGGGUCGGACGCGACACGAAGAGCCUGGUUGCUGGUGUGGGCGCGAAGCUGACGGCUGACCCGCAAGGCGUUGGAGCGACUUUGACAGCCAUCCAGGCCAUUGCGGACGAUGCUGAGAACGUGCUUGGAUCGUCGACCAGCCGAGAGGCGCAAUUGAGCUCGCUCGCCCGCCUCAUCGACGAGAACCACACGCACCUGGUCAGUCUGGGCGUGAGUCAUCCGGCUCUGGAAACGAUCAAGCAGACCACUGCCGGUGCGGGCCUGUCGACGAAGUUGACGGGCGCAGGCGGAGGCGGAUGCGCAGUCACUUUGGUACCUGACGAUUUUGAAGAGAUCAAGCUUCGACAAUUGGUCAGCAAGCUGGAGGGCCAAGGGUUCACGUGCUACGAAACGUUGGUCGGUGGACCUGGCGUCGGUGCACUGUCCCCUCACAGCGCCGUGCAAAGCUCCAACGACGGUCAAGCUGCAAGAGAGACGCUGAUCAACUCUUCGCCCGAGGCUCUGACUGCUUGGGCCGACAAGGUCGGAGCGUGGAUACACUCUGACAGCUAG